CCACCUGAUCAUCCAAUCAAUCAAAUCCAUUAGAUAAAUCUUUUUUUACGAAACUCUACGAAUUACGAAAAAUCUUCAUCAUGAAUUUUGCCUUCAUCAUCCUAUCUGUUUUGGUCUCUUUACAAGCUAUCAUGACUUUACCUACUAAGCUUAUGCCUCGUACUGAAAGCCAAGUUGGCAAGGGUGGAAGAAUUGAUCAAAGAUGCGCUGGCUUCUAUAACGGUGGUUAUGUGCCGGGCUUUGCCUACAAUAAUCAGGGGAUUCUCACUGUUCCAUUUACUUCACAGUUCUACUACUCAAUCAAUCAGAACUACGGAUAUUCCAAUUGUAACAAUUACGGGCAAGUGGUUUGGGGCCAGUGCUCCUACGCGGGCCAAUGUCCCAACUCGUACCACCACUACACGGGUCUCUUGACUGGUCUCUUAGGAGGUGUGGGUGACCUCGUGGGCGGUUUAGUGAGCGGUGUUGGUUCUCUUGUGGGAGGAAUCGGGAACAGUCUCAGCUUACUUUCGGAUCAAGAACUCAAGUCGGACACCAAUCAGAUUUAAAUCAUGAACUCAUGAAAUCCCUCACACCCCGAAAUGUUAAUGAGACUCGCUUUAGGUUAUUUGUGACUGGAUAAUUGUUGUCAAGAUUUCAUUGUCGUACUUCAGCUUAAUCCAUUUUAACGUACAAUCAGUUUUUCUCCUUUUUCUUACGCCAUCAACUCAAUCUAACUAGAGACCGCUUUUAGUUAUUUGUGAUUGAGUAAUUGUUGUCAAAGUUUCGUUGUCAUUCAGCUUAAUAAAAUUUAACGCCCGGUCAGAUUUUCUCCUUUACUUAAAUAAG